UUUGAAAACCUGGACCGGAUGUACUCAACCGCUGUAGUUGGAGCUGAUGGUUGUGUCAGUCAGUCAAUCGAUGGUGCCGCUGCUGAGCAGGAAAACUGGAGAAAAGACUUGUAAAUAGGCACCAACGAGAGAAAUAACUCCUAAAUUAAACAUUAACCUUCAAGAGGAAUUCAACUAUAUACGGCCCUACACAUCAAGUGUAACUGAGGGCAGCAGCGAUGUCGGGCUCCUACGAUGACUCCAUGAUCGAUGUCUCCAGUGAUAGCUUCUGGGAGGUUGGUAACUACAAGCGAACAGUAAAGCGCGUAGAUGACGGCAACAGACUCUGUAAUGAUCUGAUGAACUGUAUCCACGAGCGUGCACGAAUUGAAAAGUCGUACGCACAGCAACUCACAGAAUGGGGGAAGAGAUGGAGGCAACUCAUAGAAAAAGGCCCUCAGUACGGUACGUUGGAGCGUGCAUGGUCAGCUCUGUGCACGGAGGCGGAGAAGGUGAGCGAGCUCCACAUGGAGGUGAAAGCGGCACUGAUGGGAGAAGACUACGAGAAGCUGAAGAACUGGCAGAGAGACGCCUACCACAAACAGAUGAUCGGCGGCUUUAAAGAGACUAAAGAGGCCGACGACGGCUUCCGCAAGGCUCAAAAACCCUGGGCGAAGAAACUCAAAGAGGUGGAGACAAUGAAGAAGUCCUACCACUCUGCGUGCAAAGAGGAGAAGCUGGCAGCCAGCAGGGAGACCAACAGCAAACUGGAGAGCAACAACAACCCUGAAGCCCAAAAGAAGCUCCAGGAAAAGGUGGAGAAGUGUCAGCAGGAGGUGCAGAAGACUAAAGAGCGCUACGAGAAAUCCCUUGAAGAACUCGACAAAGUGACUCCGCAGUACAUGGAGAACAUGGAACAGGUGUUUGAGCAGUGGCAGCAGUUUGAGGACAAACGUAUCGGCUUCUUUAGAGAGCUGCUGCUGGAGGUGAAACAACACCUGGACCUCUCAACCAAUCACAGAUUCCAGACAAUCUACCACACGCUGGAAGACACGGUCUCUGCUACUGAUGCUGAAGAGGACCUGAAGUGGUUCCGCUCCAAUCAAGGCCCUGGCAUGCCGAUGAACUGGCCCCAGUUUGAGAAUUUGGACUGGUCCCAUCCUCGCUCCUAUAAGAGAAGGUCCAUUGUAGACUGGUCCAUAGACCUGAACAGAACCCUCAGCCGGCGAGAAAAGAAGAAGCCAUCAGAGGGCGUCACUCUGACGGGCAUCAGUCAAACAGGGACGGAUCAGCCUGUUCAGCCUGCCAAAACCAGCAGCAGCCUGACUGUGCCUCAAACAGCACCAGUGGGCUCAAACCCUUUUGAUGAUGACGACGAGGAAGAGGAGGAUGAGGAGGAAACGGCCGUUGAGCAGCAGACCACAGUCAACCACAACAGUGUGAAUAAAGAGGAAAUACAAACUGCAAGCAGUGUAGAGAAGACUCCCGACUGGUCAGAUGAAGACACAGGGGGAAACCCGUUCUCCACUAACGGUGAUGGGAAUCCAUUCGAGGAUGAGCCGGCUUCUCCGGCCGUAUCUGUGCCCGUCCGAGCCCUCUAUGACUACGACGGACAGGAGCAGGAUGAGCUGAGCUUCAAAGCAGGGGAUGAGUUCACCAAAAUCGGUGAAGAAGACGACCAGGGUUGGUGCAAAGGCCGACUCAAGGACGGCAAAACGGGCCUCUAUCCUGCUAACUAUGUUGAAGACAUCCAGCAAUGAAUCAUCAGGUAAAAGAAACAAAUGUGAAGGAAGAAGAAAAAUAGGUGUUUUGGGAAAUGACAGCGCGUCUGGAAAACUGGAUCGCUCUUCCUCAUUUUUAACAGAUUUCUCCUUGUUGGUAAAGACUGGACGGCUCUGGGAGACGGACAGAAGAGGAGCGUCAGAUUAUAAAAAGGACCACUUUAGAUAUUGUCGCUUGCCACAGACCAGACUGGCCCUCAUUGAAACUUAGUAUAAAGAUGAACAUUAACUACAAGUUUCCAGAUUCAGGUGAGGAAGAUCACUGAGAAAAAUGCUGUCAGUGCGAAAAAAAAAAAAUAUUACGUUACUUCAAAUCCCAUUUAUGCUGUUACAAAAUAAAAGCUUUUCAAGUAUAUAUUAGAUACGAUUCAUAGACAUGUAUGUGUGAAUUUAUCAUUUGUUUGAACGAAACACUGGGAUGACAGCCUGACGACUCGUCUAGCGAUGUUACAUGCAGACUUAAUAUGCAAGCCACUAUGGAUCCAUGAAGGGAGAUGACCCGCUGUGCUGUGCCUGCCAGAAUCUAGUCCAUAAAUGUUUGAGUUUCUUGGACAAACAAGACCCUCAUAUUGAGAUAAAUAUUGUAAGAUUCAACAUAAUUUUUAAAGUAGUGCUUCAAUUGUUCUGCCGUUCUUUUCAGGGGUUCUGUUAAUACACUCAGUUCAUUCACUGUUUUGGCUACUUUCUAAAGAAUGAUGGCGAUCAGUAGAGCCACAUUCUGGCAUAGUUACUUAGUCCACAGUGGGUGUCUUCCUCUAGUCACUGCCAUUGAAUGUAUAAUCACUGAUUGUAUUUCCUCACUUAUUGAUUGUUCACUUUUGCUUGUGUUAGGAUUUUUUUCCUUCUUUUGCAGCCACUUACAAAAAACCUCUCUGCUUUUUGUUACUUGUAGACUGGGCUAUUUUAAUGCAACACUGAAAUCUCACUUGAAUCACCUUUUAAAUCCUCUCACUUCUUGUUAAACGUCAAAGCAUGGGAGAGUAUUUUACUAUCUGUUCUAGCAAUAAACGCCACGGCCAGGUAUUGUGUCACACACAUGCAUGUAAAUAGCCUGAAUAAGACGUAUUAGAGCAAAUGAAGCAGUGAAAAUCAGAUGAUAUGUCGUUGGAAAUUGAUGAUUGUUAAUUUAUGAUGCCACAAGUGCUUUUGUUCUACUCUUGUUAGAAUGCUGUGACUGAAAAUCAGUUUGUAUAGUAACCGAAUAUUUUAUGGCAAAUAUCUUUUAAAUCUGUUAUUUUGUUACCCUUGUAAAUAUGAUUAUUUUUUCCCUUCAAAGAGGGCCAUACUUAUUGACUUAAUCAACAAAUACCAUGUGAAUAAAUCUUAAUUAUUUCUUAGGAGCUGUUAUAAAAAAUGGAUAUUAAUACUUAAUAUGUUUUGAUCCUCAUGAAUUUCGUCAGCUUGCAUGUUUUGCAGAGAUGAACUGCUGGCAAUUCAUUUUUGCCAGCUCCAAAUUCACAAAGAGCCCCAGAAUAACAAAAAAAAACAAUGAAAAAAAAAUGCUAUUUCAUGCCUUUAACUGCAGCGCCAGAGGAAGAUUAUUUUUCUGCAUUCAGUAACAGUGAGAAAAGGAGUCUUGCCAUGUUUUCAGGGCAUGCUGUCGUUGACACGCAGCAACAGAUGUACUUGCACAGUAAGUUUGUAAAUGUUGUCUCACAACAUAAUGAAUAAAUUUAUUGGAAAAAAUA